AUGGAGUCCAACACCAUGGGUGUGCAGAAGCAGCCGAGUGCGGAAGGUGUCCUAGAAAGGGACUACGAAGACACCGACUCUGAGAACGGGAUUCCCAUUUAUAGCAGUUUGGAGAAUUUGCUAUUAAUUCCGCCGUCGCUUUCUCAGGAAUUAUCGGAGGCGGCGAUGAAAGCGCAAGGCUACCUUGAGAAAUGGUCGAAUAAUCGUCGAGCGAUGGUUCGAAAAAUGGACAAAAUUGCAAGUGAUUUGGACAGCUGGGAUCGUGGAUGUGCGAUUUCGACGGCUGUUGGCAGCGGUGUAGGCGUCGCUAGUGGAUUCGCCGCCAUCGGAGGACUCAUAUUCAUGCCGCCCGUCGCGAUUGCGGGAUUCAUUGUCGGCACUGUCGCUGGCGCUUCAAAUGUGAUCACGGGCGUCUCGAAGUGGAGUCACUUCAAAAGCGCAGCGAUGGAAUUGAACGCGAUGGUCGAGAAUGACAAAAUGCUGUUCAAGGAGCUCAUGCAGAGUCGCGAGGAGUUGUUCAGUGUGAUCAAGAAGGUGAUCGAUGAGGAGGAGCAGAAUCAGAAGUUUGAUGGAAUCGACGUUGGCAAUAAUAUCAAGAGCAUUUUGGGUGGAUCGGUGUUUGGCGCAACUGGCUGCGCCACAAGAUUCGCCAUUGGGCAAAUGGGUCGGUUGUCGUCGAGCUUGGUGAAGGGUGUACUCCAUGGCGCCGCCGCCAUCGGCAUCAUUAUGGACGCCGUCACGUUGGCGAUGAGCGCGAAAGAGUUGAGCGACGGCAAGCCGUCGGAUUUCGCCGAACAAGUUCGAGCGGCCGCCCAUCAGUACGAGAUCCAUCGGAUGAAGGUGAACCGUGGCUUUCUGAAUCAGGAUAUUUGGAAUGACAACGAGGAAGCGGAUGCGAAUCGCGACGAUGAGCUGAUGGAGUUCGGCGAGGAUUCGUCCGACAUUGGGUCUUUCGUUCGUAUGAGUCAAUCAUCGACACCGGUCAAUUUCUAG